GAUAGAGCGGGAGGGAGAGAGAAUUUACUAUUUUCUGAUCAAAUGGGAGGGAGAGAUUAAUAUGGUGCCGCCAUCGUCUUCAUUGCUCGAAGAUCCGGGGACUUGAUCGCCGUUGCAGAAAGCCAGAAACCCUAGUCCCUGUGACGUUUUGUUGUCUUCCUCUUUUUGGUUUUUUGGGAGUGAUAGGGAGAGGGAAGGAAGCAAUGCAGCAUCUACAGGCAGAGAAGCAGUUAAUGACGUUUGAUGAGGUGUCCAUGGAGAGGAGCAGGAGCUUCAUGAAGGCUCUGCAGGAAUUAAAAAAUUUGAGGCCCCAACUCUAUUCUGCUGCUGAAUACUGUGAAAAGUCUUAUGUCCAUAACGAGCAGAAGCAGAUGGUCCUAGAUAACCUGAAAGAUUACACUGUGAGAGCAUUGGUUAAUGCCGUUGAUCAUCUUGGAACUGUUGCUUACAAAUUAACAGAUCUAUUUGAACAACAAACAUUGGAUAUUUCUGCUAUGGAUUUAAAAGUUACAUGCCUUGAUCAGCGGCUUGAAACUUGCCAAAGUUACACAGAUAAAGAAGGUCUCCGGCAGCAGCAGUUUUCUGCAGUCAUUCCAAGAUAUCACAAACAUUACGUUUUACCAAGUUCUGCAAGUAAAAGGCUGCAGACCAGUUCGAAAACCAGUGAAGCAGGCCCGAAGUAUAAACUUGGAAAGCCACGUCCUUAUGGAUCAGGUGCACCACCAUCAAAAACCCUUUGCUGGCACUUGGCAUCUGAAACAAAGUCCGAUUCAAUUGGGGCAUCAAAUGCAUCUAUGAGCAGCGAAAAUACUAUAGCUUCCACAAUAACUCCGGGAACAUUUUGCCUUUCAGAUGCUGAAACUGGCGUUCCAUCAUUACAUCCCAUUCCAGGUCGGGUUCCACUAGUUAAUGGUGGGCCUAAUUCCAGUUCAAAACCAGUUGUCCCUGCUGCAGCAUGGCAGGAUUCGAAUGAGUCUGCAAAAUCUUUACCUGCAUACAAGUCUUUUGGCAAUGGUGGCCAGCGUGAGAUACCUCGCAACCCUGCAAGAAGCAAAAGUAUGCUGUCAGCAUUGUUUGGUAAAUCGAAGUCCUCAAAGCACAAGAUCGGCUGACUCCAAAUGAUGUCUAUCCCAAGCAAAAAUGUGUUAAAUUGCUUCCAAGUCUGGGUUGCACAGUUUCUAUUAAAUGCUACGCAAUUGUACAAGCUUCCUUAGUUACUAGGCUCUCCCUUCCCAAUGGCGUUGCCCUCAUAAGGCUUGGUGGUCGGGGCUCUCCCUCAUCAUAGGAAAAAUGGUCUUAAGUUUUCCGUAAUUUCCUUUUGUAGUUUUCUACUAUUUAAUAAAAAUAUAGCCAUCUGAUUUCCUGUAGCCUUCAACUGUAUUUUGCUUCCGAAAUAUGUUUAUAUUCACAGUGUACACAGGUAUUCUAGACUCUUAUUCUAUUCAGAGCUUAGCCA